AAUCGCUGUGGGAGGAGAGACAUACAGCAAACUUCAUCAUGAACUCUGCACACAGCUCCAUCUGCUGCAGUUGUGCACUAAAGGUCCGUGCAUUGAACCACUUCUGGAUGCUGUACACUCUGGUCUGCCUCUCUGUCCUGCCUCUAUGGACUGUGGUUGCUGAGACACUCUGUGGUUCAGAGCUGGUGGAUACGCUGCAGUUUGUAUGUGGUGAUCGAGGAUUUUACUUCAGUAAGACUCCCUCGUACUUCAAGGACAAAGACUACGUAAAGAGGCCAAGUAAAGGGAUUGUGGAGGAAUGCUGCUUCAAAAGUUGCGACUUACAGUUGCUGGAAUUAUACUGCGCGUAUCCUCGCCAGUCGAGAUCUGUGCCUCUGUUGGUUACCGUCCGGCACCAGGAAGAACAUUUGGAUAAAUCAUAUAAAAAGACCUCCAAUUCUGCCAAAUGGAUUUCAAAAUUACUGCAAUAUAAGAUGAUUCCAGAGAGUGAAGAUUCAAACAGAAGCAAGCACGCAAGUCGGGGCUUGAGCCCCUCCCAGAGUCAAACUCCUUUGAUGGCACUGCUGGGCAAGUUGCCAAAGAAGGUUCCAGAACUUCAGCGAACAAGGUUAUGAUAGCACUAAGGAAGAAGUGGCAGGAAGCACUAGUUCUACUGCUGUCUCCUCUUCAAUGUUACUGUGAAUUCAAUGCUAGUGUUGGAAGUCAGAAUGUAGAAUUGAGCAGGAAUGAACCAUUCAAUUUCAUUCACCAUUUUAUAUCAUGCUGCUCUCCCCAUUCAUCUGCCUAUUCAAAGCUUUAUUUUCUGGCCAUGAGGAAGAAACUCACAAAUCCUACAGCCCAAGGCAGAGGAAAUUCAAAAGGUUCAGCCUCAAACCACCCUGUGCCUGUGCCUGUGCCCUGUAACUGAUAUCUGCUUUGAUACAGGUGCUUUUUUGGAAGUUCCACAAAGAUCAAAGGUGUACCUUAUUUAUAGAGGAGAGUUCUGAAAAUUGGCACUGGUUGAUUCCAGUGGGUAUUGUAGGCGUCCAUUAUGUCUGAUGUCAAACUUUCUGUACUUGUAUUUAAUGCCUGUUGACUUAUUUGAAUGUAUUCUAUUCUAAUUUUUCCUGUACCAAGUGACAUAAUUACAAUACAUCCCCUGUAUUACAUUGCUACACUACAUUACAGUGUGACCUUACCAUAAUCCAUUAAUAUGUUAGAAAGUACAGUAUUGCAUCACUGAUCCGCUGAUUUUCAAUAGUCACAGCAGAUUAUAUGCUUUAUAAACCCAAAUAUUUUCUCAGCUUUAUAUUUUCAACGUGCAAAGGAACAAAAGGGAGAUUUCCAUUGGUCCAUCAUCAUUUGGGAACCAAAGUUAAUGACGAAUGUUUAGUCACUUAAUCACAGUCAGAGCGAGUUAAAUGGACUGAUUAAACCUUAUUUUCACUUGGUAGCAGUUCCAUUCCUCUCCGGAGCUGUUUUGAUUAAGUAGAAGCAAAGUGCCCACACAAUCCUGAACUAGACUUCAGGCUCCUUCAUCCCUCACCAUUCAAUUUCCCUUUCACUCCAGUUUCAGCUUAUUGUCUGCAGAACCUCCUGUCUGAACUUCCACUCUCUUCAUCUUUAAAAAUUUAUAUUGGAAUUUCUCCACUCAACCAUUGAGCCACACGAUCACUUUCUUCCCCUAAAGUGUGAUCUUAUAUUAGAUCUAACUCAUUGACCUAUUUUAUGGUCAACUGCAUCUGAAGAAGGGUCCUGACACAAAAUGUCACCCAACCUUUUUCUCCCGAGAUGCUGCUUGACCCGCUGAGUUACACCAGCACUUUAUGUCUAUCUUCGGUAUAAAUCAGCAUCUGCAGUUCCUUCCUACACAUCAUGGUCUGUUAUCUGAUGUGGUUUGUGUUAGUUUACAUCUGACUGCAAACAAUUUUGGGGCAUCUCACUGUGAUAAUCGUCCGAUGUAAAUGCAAAUGAGAGUCACAGUGAGAUGCAGCACAGAAACGGGCCCUUUGCCACCCAAUCACCCUGGUUUGCACCAACCAUUAACUACUUAUUUACACUAAUCCUACAUUAUCUCUACCUUUUGUUUUCCUGACCUUUCCAUCAGCUCCCCCAGAUUCCGCACUCACCCACUCACUGGGGCAGUUUACAAUGGCUAAUUAACCUACUAAACGACAUGUCUUUGAGGAAACAAGAAUAUCGAGAGGAGUCUCAUGUGAUCAGAGGGAAAAUCAGCAAACUCCACACAGAUGUAUUAUUUAGUUCCCUUUAUUUUAAAAGGGUGGAUUCGACCUGCACUGUGUGACUUCCAAGGGGUCCAAACCUCAUACAGAUUAUAAUAUCUAGCCUGAGAGCUUGGCCCAACCACUUUAUGUUGGAUCGUACAUCGUGCCAUGCUUGAAUGGCAGAGUGGACUUGAUGAGUGAAAUGGCCUAAUUCUACUCCUAUGACUUACUUACUUAUCCAAGUACCAUAAAAUCCCUUCACUUUUAUGCAAUCGGCACCCAUAUCCUAAACUCCAACAUUCCUUAAUUUUCUUCGUCAUUGUAACGCUUUCCCCCUAUUUCAUUGAAGCAAGAACAAAGUAAUCUUCCCAUCAUUUUUACAAUGUCACAUGACCAGUGGAAAUAUCCCUUCGUCCAGGGAUGGUUUUAGAGUUCUGUUGGAGGAAUUUGUGCUGUUAUUUUCUAUUUAUUUAGAAUUCUAUACACUUUGUAAGAUCAAUGCAUUGUACCUCAGCAGCAAGUCAGGGACCUGUUCUGAAUUGUUAUUGGAUAUAAAAUAAAAUCCUCCAGCACUUAACAGACAAUGAAAAGUAAAAUUCAAUUGGAUUUUCAAUUAGAGUUACUGUUGAGAAUUUGUAUCUUGCCGUUUCCAUGGGAUUAGCUUGUUUUCCGAACCCUAGUGUGCAAAUUAUUGACUGGAUCUUCCUGCAAUAAAACAUUGCUAAUUUGGUGAUCUCAGGUGUAUGGAUUGAGAAAAGCCCUGAUUGAUUCCUUGAGCUGUGAAAUUACAUAUAAUAGGCCACAACCUGGAGUGGACAGUGUGCCUUGUAGAGCCUUACAGCAUGGAAACCGGUCCUUGGCCCAUUGUGUCUAUGCUGACCAUUAACCCCAUUUAUAUUAAUGCUACCUUAAUCCCAAUUUUUAUUCUCCCCACAUUUUCAUCAUCUUCCUCCAGCCUCUACCACUCGCAUAUGUGCUAGGGGAUAAUUUACAAUGGCCAAUUAAUGUACCAAUCUAUUUGCCUGGAAUGUGGGAAUAAUCCAGAGCGGUCUCAAGGAGAAUGCAAAUUCCACACUGAUGAUGCCCGAUAGAACCUGGGUGUCUGGAGAAGGAGAUAGCGGCUCUACCAGCUGUGCCACCAUGCUGUCCUGUACCUAGUAAGGGAACUCAGUACUGAUACCUACUGCAGUCCAUUUAUGGUUAAUAUCUCAUACAAGAGAUUGAUAGGCAUUCCAAGAACAGUGAUAUUCCUUGAGACCAUAAAUAAUAGUUUCAGUGGAUGGAGAAAUCUUAAGAAAAGAAAGUUACAAGAAACCAAGGUCAUGAUGAUGACUCUGAAUAACAAUACAGAACACUCCCAACUGCUGCUGAUGGGAGGAUGGGCUGGUGAGAUGUUGAUAACGUUCCCCAGGGAAAGCUCAUUAGCAAAGCCCCCCUCCUUACAACCAGUCUUGGACGUGGAGGAUUCCGUCUGAAAGUUGCACCUUUGAACUGUGCAGUUGUUUUAAGUGUGAAUGGAGUGUUAUGUGUCGUUGUACCUCAUCUGUCUACAGAUAUGCAGGUGCUGGCACACAAUAAAGAAUGAUUUUCUCUAAUUCA